AUGGGCUUUUUAUCUGAUAAACCUUACACGGCCGUUACAGCAACGAUUGACCGCUUAACAUCUCAGAAUUACCCUGAAGAUGAUGUUGCAGAGAUUGUUGAGCUUGUUGAAAUUAUUAGCAUUCAGUCUACUGGACCAACGGAGGCUGCACGUGCUAUUCGCAAAAAAUUAAAAUACGGCAAUGUUCAUGAGCAACUUCGAGCUCUUAUUUUACUUGAUGCACUGAUUCAAAAUGGCGGCAAAUCAUUGACCCCACUGUACUGUGAUGAGUACCUGCUAGAACGGCUGCGGUUGCUCGUGACUGAUCAGUCAACUCCAAAGAAAGUCAAGGUGCGAGCACAAGGCAUGUUUGCUGUGUGGGCACAAGAUUUGCGUGGACGGCGCGAAUGUGAGCGGCUAGUGGCUUUACACAAGCAAGUUCCCAUGAGAGUGCGCAAACCACGACCACAACCUAAGUAUCUAUCAAACGAUCCUCGGGAUCUUGAGGAGGAUUAUGGAGAUGAGGAAGAGGAGCGGGAUGCAAGAAGACGUGGAGAGACUUAUGAUAGAAAUGGGAAGGACAAUGAUUAUAAUAAUAAUAAUAAUAAUAACGAUGAUAACGAUGAUAAUGAUGAUGAUAGAAGCUAUGGGUCGUCUUCUUCAUCUUUGCGGGCACCUCCGAUUCCACCGAGCUCUUCAAAGCCUAAACCUGUUUCUCAUACCACAUCCCACCAUUCUCAGUCUAAGAAGCAAACUGUGAGAAAAAUCAAUUUGACGACUGAGCGGCCUAAGAUUCAAAAAGUUCUUGCUGAGUCUGGAUCUGCAGCAACCAACCUGAAUAAUGCAUUGCAGUUGAUCAAUUGGGAGAAGGAGCUUUCGACUCAGAAUCCGAAGGCAACGGAAUGCUUUAACAAGUGCCGUGCAUUGCGUAAGCAUGUUUUGAGAUACAUUCACUCGAUUGAAAGUGAGGAAUUUAUUGGCCCGCUGAUUCAUGCCAAUGAUGAGCUUGUUGGGGCACUGCAGGAAUAUGAUAAGAUGAGUCGACCAGCAGAUUAUGAUUCAGAUUCAGAUGGGUCUGCGGAUAGUGAUUAUGAGGAAGAUGACUGGAAGGUGGAGAGCGAUAGAAUGGCUCGGAUGAAUUUGAAAGAGGGAGGUGGAGGUGGCGGUAGCUCUAGCAGUGGCGGGGGUCAUAGUAGCAAGGGUAAGAGCCGUAGACCUGCUGAUGAAGAUGAGGAGGACCCCUUUGGAGAUUCGCAUGCCAUUUAA